AUGGUGCCAAGCCAGUUGUGGGGGAGACUGGAGAAGCCGCUCCUCUUCCUGUGCUGCGCCUCCCUCCUCCUGGGGCUGGCUUUGCUGGGCGUUCGGCCGGACAUCGCCCCAGUGGCUUAUUUCUUUUUCAUCCUGAGCGGCUUAUUUUUGUGUGCCUGCCUCCUGUCCUGCUUUCUGGAAGGGGGGUUCCGAUCAGUAGAGACAGAGAGCCCAGGGGCCUCAGGCAAUGCACGGGACAAUGAAGCCUUUGAGGUGCCGACCUAUGAAGAAGCCGUGGUGGGAUCACAGCCCCACCCCCAAGAACAGGAUCAACCACCCCCUUACAGCAGCAUUGAAAUCCCCCCAGGACUUGAAGGGGGACAGCCCGGCCACCAAGAGGAGAACAGCAGGGACAGACUGAGAAGGCGAGUGGGCUCGGAGGGAUCCAUGACGCAGAGAGCUAACCCGGGGAGAACUCCACUCAGUCUCCGGCUCCGGGGAGCACGGGUCGUGUCCACAGCCCCCGAUCUGCAGAGCUUGCGGGAACUCCCCAAAACAGAGCCUCUGACUCCACCCCCUGCCUACGAGGUCUGCUUUGGUCCCCCCGAGGACGACAACGUCUUCUAUGAAGACAACUGGACACUACCCUAAAUGACUCUCCCGGCACCGAUCAUCUCUCCACAGCAGACCUGCUCACGCACGCAGUCAGCAUUUCCUCAUGCCUGCUGUGUGUCAGGAACUGUGCUACUGUCUGGACACCGCAAAUGGGGACUUGAACCCAGAGGGGUGUGAGGCGACGGUAAGCCCUUCCCGUUUGGGAUGAGGAGUUUUCUGGAAACAUUCGGUGACCUACCCCUGUGUCCAGUAUUUCCACAAGAUGGUGAGAUGGGGAGGUGAUUCAGAGAGAGGAGGAAGUGACAUCUGAGUGACAAAAUACAUUGUUUUUAUUGCAGGUGUUUUAGCUCUAUUAGAUUCCUCGCAAGGUAUUACUCUCAGCGUUCCGAAGCUGAGACGGGUUCGAUUACUUGCACAAAGGUGCACUGGUAAUUAAUAUAAAAAAAAAAAAACUUGAA